AUGGAUUCUAACAAAAAGCAGUUGACGCUUCAGCUGAUGAUGGCUGUUGGGACUGCUGUGAUCGGCUCCUUGCAGUUUGGCUACAACACAGGAGUCAUCAAUGCCCCUCAGAAGACCAUCGAGGCUUUCUACAAUGAGACGUGGUAUAAGAGGUACUCAGAGUACAUACCGUCGACCACUCUAACUACACUCUGGUCCGUAUCAGUGGCCAUAUUUUCUGUCGGUGGCAUUUUCGGCUCCUUCUCAGUUGGGCUCUUUCUAAACCGCUUUGGCAGGAGGAACUCAAUGCUCAUUGUUAAUGUUCUGGCCUUCAUCGCUGCUGCUUUAAUGGGCUUUUCCAAGCUGGCUGAAUCCUGGGAGAUGCUUAUUAUCGGACGCUUCAUUGUAGGCCUUUACUCUGGCCUGUCCACAGGCUUUGUACCAAUGUAUGUAGGAGAAAUCGCCCCAACUUCAUUACGUGGGGCACUGGGCACACUUCAUCAGCUUGGCAUUGUCAUUGGCAUCCUCAUAGCACAGAUCUUUGGUAUUAAAGAAAUCAUGGGGACCCCUACAAUGUGGCCCUUCCUACUUGGCUUUACUUUCAUCCCAGCCAUAGUCCAGUGUGCCCUGCUGCCCUUCUGCCCCGAGAGCCCGCGCUACCUUCUCAUCAACCAGAACGAGGAGGCCAAAGCUAAGAGUGUGCUGAAGAAGCUCCGUGGCACUGAAGAUGUGGCUGCAGACAUGCAGGAGAUGAGGGACGAGAGCAGGCAGAUGAUGAGGGAGAAGAAGGUCACCAUCCCUGAGCUCUUCCGCUCAUCGCUCUACCGCCAGCCCAUCUUCAUUGCCAUCAUGCUGCAGCUCUCCCAGCAGUUCUCCGGUAUAAAUGCUGUUUUUUAUUACUCCACUGGUAUAUUUGAGAAAGCAGGGGUGUCUGAGCCAGUCUAUGCCACCAUUGGUGCUGGAGUUGUGAACACAGCAUUCACAGUUGUGUCGCUGUUCAUAGUGGAGCGAGCUGGUCGAAGAUCAUUACAUCUUAUUGGGCUGAUGGGAAUGGCUGUGUCUUCUGUUCUCAUGACCAUAGCUAUGGCGCUACUAGAUCAAGUGAAAUGGAUGUCAUAUGUCAGCAUCGUCGCCAUCUUCAGUUUUGUGGCAUUUUUCGAGAUCGGACCAGGCCCAAUCCCAUGGUUCAUUGUGGCAGAACUCUUCAGUCAAGGUCCCCGGCCUUCUGCCAUCGCUGUUGCUGGUUUCUCCAACUGGUUUGCCAACUUCUUGGUGGGAAUGAGCUUCCAAUAUGUUGAGGAACUGACAGGGCCAUACGUUUUCAUCAUCUUCACUGUCCUCCUGCUGAUAUUCUUUGUCUUCACCUACUUCAAAGUUCCUGAGACCAAAGGGCGGACAUUUGAAGAGAUCUCUGCGGGCUUCCGCUCAGGGUCAGAGAAAUAUACCCGAGAUGAUCUGAACACAUUGGGGGCAGAUUCCCAGCUCUGAGCUCAGUGCCACAUUUAUACAGUAAUGCUGUAGACUAACCAAUUGAGUGUCCUCGGCUAUAGCACAGUGGGUAUGUUCACAAUGGCAAACUAUCAUAUUACUCCUACUAGGAAUGCUGCACUAGUGUUGUCACGAUACUGGAAUUUCUAUCCUUGAUACGAUAUUCAAUACCAUUUUCGAUACCACAGGGAAAAACGGGAACAACAUUAAGGGCAUAACAUUUUUGAUUUCUAUUAAAUGAUAAAUAUGACAAGGCUAGAACUUGACAAUGAGGAAUAUUUUUACAAUAAUGAAAACUUCUUGAGGUGGUAAAACACUGAAGAAAAACUUACAUUGUACACUGGAGAAAAGCUUAUGGAUUUGCAUGUUUACUUCAAAUGUUUUUUAAAAGAAGUAUUAAUUUUGCUAUUUUAUUACAAAGAAUAGGGGGGUGUGACCAUUAUCUAGCAUAAUGAGCACUAUAAACACAUGUAAUGCAACAUGGCAUUUAAUACAAUAUAGAAUACUGUAAAAUAAUAUAUUUUCUGCCUCGUUCGAAGCCAAAUCAGAUCACAAAAGGAUGUUAUUUCAAACACUCGACUGAUGUUAUGAAGCAAGUUUAGAGUUGGUAUCGGUGUAUCAGUACUACGGAGAAAGAGUUUUGAAACCGUCUAUGAUCAGAACUGUUUCAGAUAUUUCAGUAUCGAUAUGUAUAAAAAAAAAUUGAUAUUUUUGACAACGCUAGUAUGCAGAUUUUCUGAUUGCAUUGAAUACUCUUAUGACUUACUACAUUUGCCAAACUGUGCAAUAUUUGACCAGUACACUGCUUCUCAAUAAUUACUCAUUAUUUAACUGGACUGACAAAAGUGUGAAUAUUUGUGUACAAAAUUGUAAUAAACAUUGCAAAAUUGCUAUAUUUAUUUCUGAAAUCGUAACCAGACACCUCUCUCUAAUGUAAAAUAUGCAACGUUGUGAUAACAGUGUACCAUACUACAGUUUAAACCUUUUUUUUUUGCAUACUGCAGACUAUUUUUAGAUACAUUACCUAUUACAUACUGUGCUAUUAUUUUUUACAUACUAUAUUGUAACAAUAAUAUGUAGUAUACAGUAUGGUGUAGCAUGCAGUAUGCAGUAUUUUAGUAUUCCAUUCUGAACAUUCCCACUGUCUUCAGCAAACAAACAGUAGCACAGAAAGUUCUGCAUUUUUGCUCA